AUGAAGCUAAACACCGACGCCGCUUUUGACUCUGUUCACAACAUAAUGGGGUUGGGGUGGGUGUUGCGUGACGAUGGAGGGCAUUUCUUGGCUGCAAAGAGUAUUCGGAUUCAAGGGCAGUACACGAUUGUUGAAGCCGAGGCGCUGUGUAUGCGUGAGGCGCUAUCUUGGUUACGUGAUACGGGUAUGGACGAAGUAGAUGUAGAAACAGAUUCCCAAUUGUAUUUUAAUACGCUGAGGUCUGAGUCUUUCGUUUCUACGUUUGGUUUUUUAACUGAUGAUGUAAAACAAGUUGCCUCAAUGCUAAACAGGGUUAACUUUGCAUAUGUUAAGCGAUCUGCGAAUCGUGCGGUCCAUGCACUAACUAGAGAAGCGGUUUCUAUGUCAGGUCCCGAGGAGUGGUUAGAUGUACCACCCAACUAUUUGGUUCCAAUUCUUGACUAUGAUUUAAUGAAUUGA